UAUAUAUAUGUCCGGAUCCAACCUAUUACCACCAUCUCUGAUUAAGAUCGGUUAAUUCGAUAGAGAGGAUGUUCUUUUAACGGCUUUCGCUUUUAAUCCAACAACCAAUUCCAACUAAACACGUCAGCAAUUCGUGACAGGAGGAGUAAAAUAUGCCUGACCAUGUGGAAUUCUUCCCUACGACGUCGUUCGGUACUGUUAUUACUCCUUAGACGUUAAGCGGCGAUUAAGAAGAGAAAAUUGCAGCGGUGAAGAAGAUGGCAUGGACAGCCAAAUUUCUGCUUCCGAUUAGACAAUCAUUUUCUCAAUCCCGGCAACUAUCAGUUCAUGGAAUAAUCGGACCUUUGAAAACAUGGGUACAGAGUAUUGAACCCAAACUGCAAAAAAGAGCCUCAAAAUUUGAGUAUAAGCUCAAUAUACAGAGAAAAUAUGUUCAAGACUUUUGCUUAUCAGGAAGUAGAAAUGUGAGAAGCAUUUUUGGUGUACCAGUUGUGGUUGGAGCCGUCUACUGUUGGCCUCGUUUUACACAUGCCAUGGAUGGUCUUGAUAUUUUUGUGGAUGAUUAUAAUUUAGAGUCACUUGAUGCUUCAGAAGAAGUAGAUGAUCGACACAAACUCUGGUUGCUAAUGAGGAAACUGUGGCUGCCCGUUUUUUUCUUAUUUACUGUCUUGGUGAACUGGGAUAAUCCCUUCGCAGUUGCAACUAGAAUCCUUGUUUUCCUCCUCAGCACCAAACCAAGCCCUUCAUCAAUUUAUCUUUUUGUUGAAAGGCUACGUCAUGGAUAUAUGCGCCAAAACCCUCAUUUCUACAGAUUUAAUUCACUGCAUGCCAGCAAAGUUGAAGUCCAGGAUUAUAAGCUUCUCUGCCUUGCUAAAGUUGAAAUUGGGGACCAGAAGUUACGCCUGAUUGGAAUUCUUGGUAGUUGGUGGUCAUUGCCAUCAUCAUUGGGUAUAUAUUUCCUUGCUCAGGAGCAGCACUCUAGUUCAUCACAGUGAUAACAAGAGGUAAGACUAUAUAAAACUAAGCAUCACUUUCCCAGAGGUAAAGAUCGUUUACACGCAAUUCGCUGGGAGGCUAUGGGAAGCUAAAUUCCCAUGAAUUCGCUAGGCCCAGCAUAAAUAAACUUGUUUGGACCAACUCAGGGAGGGGAUGUACUCGGCAAAGCCUAGGAACCCUUAACUGCUUAAUAAAAAAAAGAUCGUUUACAUCUAUAGACAACAAUCAUUUUUGUGAAAAAGGGCUUGGUUGGUCUGUGUGUAUCUUUUGAUCUUUUUCAUACACCUAUAUAAACUCGAGUGGUGCCAUCCCUCUUCCAAUGAUAUUGUCACCAGUUUUAAGAAACAUGCAACCUGUUUUGUUUUUUCAAUUUUUGGUCUCAUGUGUCUGAAACCGGUAUUCAUUUUCUUGUAACUAUCAUUUGCAUGUCUUGCUUCUCUUCUUCCUCAACAGAUCUUAUACCAGCAGGUGAUGAUUUUCAUCAGCUGAACUUUCAUUGAACGUAUAAGGAUCGCAAAAUAUGCCUUCCCAUUGAGGAAAGUAGCUUAAGGAGACUGAAAGAAUGGAAACAAUCAUAUAAGCCCCAUGAGAGAAAUGCUUGUUUGAGUCGAAAAUUUAUCCCCUGAGAACAAAAGCCCCAGCGUCCCUCCAGUUCCUGAGAAUGUAUGAUAGGUUUAAAGUUUAAAACAUGCGAUGAUGUGACUGCCCCUAGCAUUCCUCAAGAAAACCACACUCAUUAGCAUGGUCAGACAUUUAUUAAGUUUAGCAUUUUCGUUAAUCCUAAACAUAGAUAAUAAGUAGGAAAUGAAUGUUUUUAUGUACAUAUGUUGCUGGAUGUGAAAUGGAGACAACAAAAUGCCACGUGGCAAGUACAUGACCAUGUCACAUUAAUUAUUUAAUUUUGAACCACCAUCUGUUUGAUUUGCUCUAAAAAUCCAAAGGAUGAGCAUCAAAUAUAGCCCAAUCUUUCACGCGAUACAAUCAAUUGACUAAAAGUAAGAUGAAUUGGAACUAUAUAUGGAAACUCAUGUUUUGGCAUUGAAAAUAUAAUAAAAAAAUAGACCAAAACAGAAAAAAAAAAAAAAAAUCAUUAAGCAAAUGGGUCCCCAAGCAACGACCCCGGACUUACUCUUAGCUUUUGGAAUUGUCAAACGAUAUGGGACCCACCACCCCAACUUACUCUUAGCUUUUGGAAUUGUCAAAGUAUUUUGUUGAGUGUGACAAGAAAUCCCAAAAAAUUAUAUAAAAAAAUGAAAGCUAGAAGGCAAAGUUAUGGUCUCGCAAGCUGCAAAUUAUCCGAUACAUUGUUGUAGCAUAGAUAUUUUCACUGAUUUCUCCAUGUUUUUCUCUUACUAUGAUUUUCUUACAAACAACAUGAAA